AUGGAGUUCGGUCCUUCGGACAGCAGUGGUGAGUAGCUUAAGCCUAGUUUUUCUGCCGAAUGAGCAUUAUCGGCAUGGUUUUUGGAAUUCCAUGUGAAGUUUUCCUCGUAAGCUCGGAAUCAUACUUUAUGCUUAGAAAGAUCAGGAUGCAGGAGCUUCCUUGUAAGUUGAAGUGAUAGCUUUGUUUCGGUGAAUGUAAAGGGAUUUAUGCUUGAUUUAUGCUAGACGGUUGGCCAGGGAUUGUAUUAUCGAAAGCUGUCUUGGAAAACGCUGUCUUUAGUGCUCUGUAUAAUUUUUCUCUCUUUCUGAUAUGAUGGAGUCGAUUUUCAUAUAGCGGGAGUUAUGGUUUUGUGUUCGUGAAUUCCUCGUGUACUUUGUGUUUCUGUUGUAGAAAUGUCGUAGCGGGCAGCGAAAGAGAGAUUCUUUUUACUUUGGGGCUAUCUUGAUGGUCUCCCUAAUAUCGAGACCUUUCACUAUUCACGCGACCUAAAAGCUCCUAAUAUAAAAUGUUGAUGGUUGGCCCCAAUAGGAGCCUCCCAUUUUAUUCUAGAUUGCGCUGCAUAAUGUGAUGAUUUAAUUAUUUCCCGCGAAAGAUAUUUACUUUAAUCCAAGUUUUCUUGUCUCUACUAUCGGCUUGUUCAACAGUCUUCACAUCGUUUUAUUCUGAUUUUUGGUGUACUAGAUCAAACCAUUCAAAGCGCUGAACAUUAUUUAGGGCCAAAUCAUUCUGACUCACACAUUGGACAUAUAACGCUUGAGGAUGUAUGAACAGUUUGAGAGAUUGUAAUUUUUCCCUCCUUUGCUGGUUUCCUAGCAUAUACAUGUGCUUCUUUAUUUCACUUUCCAAAAGUGUUAUGCUUGUUGUUGCCUGCUUCCACAUGGCAGUGCAGUGUACUUGAGUGAUCUCAUAGUUUACUAAGAAACUACUUGGCUAGGUCUUUGACAUGCCACUUGCGGAAGGUAAUACUAUUGGGGGAACUCGAGAUUUCCAUGUAAUCUUCCUCUUCUUUAUGGGCUGGUUCAUCAGUCGGUUUAUUUUUGUCUGUAUGAUUUUUUUCUUUUUUGCAAAGAAACUCUAAAUGGAUGCUCUCAUAGUUAACAUGAAACUGUUGGACGCGUUUUACGUGGUAUUCGGGAAUGAUAAAUGGUUAGACAGAGUUCAACGUUUCUAUACUAUUUAUGAGCUACUUCCACUGUAGUUUUCUCUUGUUCGAAUAGUUUUUUUUCUCUAUUCUGAGGGAAUUCUAAAUUUUAGAGCUGGGAUGAUCAGUACGUAAUGUAGUAUGACGAUUAUAACUUAAAAAAUUACCGCAGGAACGGAUGAUGAUCUACCGCCAACUCAUCGGAAUAGGGGCACAAGAGGAGUGCGUGUCCCCGGGAAUGGAAGUACCCCUGUCAUGGUUUCUCUUCUGUAUCCCAGGAUGCAUAAUGAUAUGGAAACACAAAUACAUCAGCUUGAGCAAGAGGCUUACUGUUCCGUUUUGAUGGCUUUCAAGGCACAAUCUGAUGUUAUCACCUGGGUACCCAUCUUAAGAGCUAUAUAAACUUUCCUUGAAGUUUUUUUUUAAUAAUUUUUAUGUGCAGGUCUGCUGUGAAACAACAGUUUUCUAAAAAUUUAAUGUACGCAGGAACAAGAGAGUCUAAUCACUGAGCUCCGCAAAGAGCUGAGGGUAUCUGAUAAGGAGCAUAGGGAACUUUUAACCCAAGUAAAUGCAAAUGAUAUCAUUAGGAGAAUAAGGUUGGCAAUAAAUCGUUUUUUUUGCCUUUCAUUGUUUUAGGGUUGUGGGGAAAAGAUUUAACAAUAGCUGCGUUAUAAACUUAACAGGGACUGGAGGAAGACCGGAGUCCCAAAGAUUGAUCUCCUCAAUAACUCACACGCUGCUCACAAUGUGGCACCAAGUCCUACAGCAUCAACAUCUCGCAAGAAACAAAAACCGCCCCAGUCUAUACCUUCUCUAUCGCCUGCUCUGCAUUCUCGAGCAGUACCUGACACAGUGCAGCCCUCUCCAUUACCUGCAAAACGAGGAGCUCCACCAGCAACAGCAAGAAGCAAGAAGCCAAAACCAGUAAGUAAACUUCAUACGAGAUUGUAAUAUCUGGUCCUUAUGAUAUACUCAGUGACUGCAUUCUGAUUUCUGCACUCAGCCAGUCUCCCAGUCUCUUACUUCAUGCAUAACCGAUGUAUUUCAUCAUCUAUAGGUCAUUGGCAUAUCCUACUGCUGCACUGACGUGCUUUUUUUCUUCUGGUCUUCUUUUUCUUCAACUAUUCCUGUGUCAGACAUUACCUCCAGGUUCUGCAGUGAAAUCCACCAAGUAUCCUGCUGCUGGUCCAGCAGGAAGAGCGCAGGUUGCAAAUCCUACUUCUGUUGCUCGCAUUGAGCCUCCUGAAGCUGCGACAUUCAACCCAUUAAUUGGACGGAAAGUCUUGACCAGGUGGCCCGAAGAUAAUAACUUUUAUGAAGCUGUCAUCACUGAUUAUAAUCCUGCGGAGGUGCUGUCAGCCUUUAAGUCGUUAUUUAUUUCUAGCCAUGAACAAUAGGACACAAGCUUAAUUGUUUCAUGUACUCCAGGGUCUGCAUGCUCUUGUUUAUGACAUAAAUACAAAAGAUGAAACUUGGGAAUGGGUCAACCUCAAAGAAGUAAGUUUUGCAUUUCCCCACCGCAUGUUUUAAAGAUAGUAAAAAAUUUAUUCUAGCCUGUCUCUUCUGCUUGGACUGUAAUAUCGUUUCUUCUGCAAUUAUGGGGGAAAACUCUCAUUUUCUGAACCACUAUUAGGGGUUAGUGGGCUGGUCAACCCCACAGCUCGGUGUUAGCCCUUUUCUAGGGACCAACCCUCAAAAACAAGCCUAGAAAAAGGAAAAUUGCCUGGCCUCGCCCUGGCCCCUUUCCAGUCCGGUUGAGGCUUUGAUGCUGUCAUGGUCAGAGUAUCAGGGCAGGUUUUUAUCCCAAAUCGGCUCCACACACACGCACACACACCCGUUUCCUUUCUCUCUGUUAGAUAUAUAUGUAGGAUCAGGCCAGGCUAGUGCUUUGCCAGGGUCUGGCCCAGAGCCGGAUUUCUGGGCUUCUCCCGUGCCACUACUGGGUCUGAACCUUUGUAAGAGACACCUGGGCUCGACCAGGUCUGCACUGUCUGCCCCCUUAAACAGAACCAGCUGAGUAUCACCUCUAGGCAUACUAGAAAUGAGACCUGCAUUUGGACACCAUUAGCUUCCCAAUUUUAUUAGCCUUGAUCAUGCUCUGUGUGUUCAGGAAGAAUAUCUAUCACUCAUUUUAUGUUAAGUUUGCGAUCAUAUUUCUUAUUGUUGAUCUCCUCUAUACCAAUAAACUGGAUAUCUUAAUCAGUGGCACCAGGAGGAUGGAAACCCUUGCUUAUUUUUCUAUUAUCCAUUUGUCGUGAUGUUUACAAAUGUACUUCUUCUUACGUAUAGCUUUCAUCAUUGAUAAUCUAUUUCAAGGGCGGAUGUAGACAACCAAGUGUUUGUGAAUGCCUAGCAUUGUCCCUAGUCAGAUAAAAGUUUCCCUUCUCGGCAUACACUUGCUGCUGGCUGUCGUUUAUUGGCUUCUCUGACUCCAACUUGCACAGUGUGGAUAUCACACUGUUUACUUCCACCCCCCCAUCAAACUGGCCCAGUUGGAUUGGCCCGGUUCGGCCAAGAAUUCGGGCCAAAGAAAUUGAACUGAUGACUGGUCCUAUCAGGGCAUCUGGUACCAAAACACCUGGCUUUUCAAUUAUUUGAAAAGCCUGCCUCUGUUCCCCCUUUCGAGGAAGACAUGUCAGGUGUUGCUGCUCUUAUGGGUCAAGUAGAAGGACGGGCAGCGAGUAUCAGGUCUGGAGCUUUUGAGGGAAACAGAUGUGCCCAUGAUUUAGAAUACAUGGAAUCCUUCUGUGCUCGCCACUGGCCCCUGUCAUCUUAGUCAUUUAAGAGACAAGUACUGGCUGGCUAACCCUUUUUUUUUUUUCCUUUCUUUCUUAAAUUAAUAUUCACACUAUUAGGUGGAAUCCAUUAUUAGCUGGUAGUCGGUGGGAUGGGCUGGCGCCACAUGGCAGGUUGAUAGCUGUAUUGUGAUGGGGGCAAUGAGCUUGCAGGUUGGGACCUUUUCAAAUAAACCCUUGUCCAGCCCAAUUAGUCUCCUAAUUGGGCAGGAUUUUGUUUAUGGGCUUGCUUCCAAGGCCGAUUAUAGAGAAAAUGGGUCAUGCCUGGCUUCAGGCUUUCACGGCCCAUUAACAUAGCUCUCCAUCCUCUCUGUGAGCAUGAUAACGUGCAUAGUAUUCUAGAAUGCGGAUGAGGACCAGCGUGUUGUAAAGCAUUGUAGAAUCAUUUGUAUAUAUUUUUUAUUCAGCCAUCUACUGUGGUAAAAACCCUUGAAAUUUAAUUUUAUUGUCACAUUCUUGUCUGAUCAUGCUCUGUCUGUUCUUUAUUCUAUUGCCCCCUGAUUGAUCAUGCCCAUUUCUCGCAUAUAUAUUUACAGAUAUAUAUAUAUAUAUAUACAUAGGUGUUAAUGGGGUUAGGCCUGUAAUCUGCUUCACAACUAGCGUCUGGUAGAUUAUAGAAAACCUUGAUUUGUCAUACAACGAGGAGAGGGAGAGGAUGGGGGAAGACACAUUUCAUACUAUUCAGAGUAAUUCGUCUGUGAGUGAUUAGGGUUCCAAGGAAUUCGUAGGGUUCAGCAGUUGACUUAUUCCUUUCUCCCUAAAUCUUUUCUGCUCAUAAUCUUCGAUUCAUUUUAUCCUUCGGAGCUGCCCACUCACCAUCUUGUGGGUUUCACAUCACUGGAUUUCCCCCCCCCCCCCCCCUUUCCUGUUUUGGAAAUCUGGAACUUGACCUAGCAUCGCAGUCAACUCUUGGGCAUUUUUCCCCUCAAAUAUGGUCCCUUUUUUUUUGUUCUUGUUAUUGUUCAGAGGGAGGGAGGCCUCGGUUGACGCCCUUUAAUCAGUUGACUUUUGGCGGCGGGUCUACCCGCAUUGUCCCCCCCCUCCCCUUUUUUUGUUUGAAGUAGCUCCGCUAAUUGUGCAACAGAUUUCUCCAGAGGACAUCCGUUGGGAAGGCGAGGACCCCGGCAUCACCCCCCACCGGGCCGGCCACGGCGGACCGGGCCGCGGAGCCAAGAAGCCCACGGCCCGCGCCACCGCCCCAGGGCACGGCAGAGGGCGAGGUGGGUCCCAGAGGGGCCACCCGAAGGCAAGCUUCCCGGGCCCACAGAACGGUGUGAGGAAGAAGGGCGCCGACGUCAUCGAGAUUCUCCACACGGAGACCCUCAUCAAGGCCGUGAGUCCAUGUCAUCAAAUCCCGCCCCCCUUUCCCCAAAAAAAAAAACAAAAAUCUGAAUAUGGUUAUUUAUUUUUUGCUGAGUAUUUUAUUUUCAUUCCCAUUUCCGGGGGUUGUCAGGUGGAGAAGGUGUUCGGUUCGAGCCACCCGGACCCAGUUGACGUGGAGAAGGCUAAGAAAGCACUCAAGGUAAAUCCCCUUCCUUUCUUAGUGCGCCUAUUUCCUCUCUUUUUCCUAGCCCACUUCGUGAAAAUCCCAGAGAACCCCCCCCCCCCCCCCCCCCUUUCCAUUUACUUUAGAGAGAGAGAGAGAGGGAGGGGUCGUGGAGUAGCCACGUGGCCUAGGGACAAUGUCGGUUCUCUCACCCCCCCCCCCUGCCCUUUCACAGUCCACUUUCCCAUAUGAGAAAGAGAGAGAGAGAGAGAGAGAGUGGCAGUCGUAGAAAGUCCACUUCCCAUCUAUGAGAGGGAGAGAGAGAGAGACGUAGUUGACGAGCUGUGUGUUGUUGUUGCUGUUGUGUGGCGCAGGGGCACGAGCAGUCGUUGAUCGAGGCGAUCGCCAGGAUCACGGACCCCUCCGACAGUGAAAGCGGUAAAUACACAUGAGCCGACUGAUUAAAACUUAUCUUUUAUCCCUCCCCCCGUCCGUAAGCUUCCCUCUCUCUGUAAGCUUCAACAAUCCCCCGUCCGUUGACCCUUCACCCUCUUCUUCUUCUUCUUCUUCUUGCCCUUGCGUGUAUAGCACAGUAAGGGGAGGAUUCCAAGUCUCAAUGGGCACUGAAGGUUUUCUCGUUUGGGGGAAGUAAGUAGCGCAGCCUGUGACGGUACUGCUUGUUCUUCCCUUCACAGAAGGGUGAGAGGCGGCGGCGGCGGCGCCACAGAGGAGGCGGGUGAAGCUGGCGGCAGAAAAGGAACCCAAGGCUCCGGCAACCAGAGGGCUUCUCCUGUUUGCUGUUGCUCUUCCUAG